AUGGCUUCUUCUACUGCAUUUUCUACACUCACGUUGCAUGGCAGCUCACUCUCCCCCAAGACCAGAGGGGCCGUCCCUUUGAGCGACCAUGUUUGCAGCUGUUCAAAUCUCCAAUUUAAACAAUCAAUAUAUUGUAAGCCCAGUUCCCUGUCGGCUCAAAUUCCUUUUCAUCUGGGGGUUAAUGAUGGGAAAAGAUUAGAUUGGCAGACAAAUGGUGGGUUGGUAUCAAACCAUGGAGUCAAGUGCAGAGCCUUGGAUGUUGCCAAUUCGCCUCCGGGGUUGGCUGGGACAAAGUUUCAGCUUGAUGAUGUGAUCGAGGCGCAGCAGUUUGACAGAGAAACACUUAGUGCGAUAUUUGCAGUGGCGCGUGAAAUGGAAAUGAUCGAGAAGAAUUCAACCGGUAGCCAGCUCCUGAAAGGUUAUCUGAUGGCCACCCUUUUUUACGAACCCUCAACCAGAACUAGGCUUUCUUUCGAGUCUGCCAUGAAACGUUUAGGAGGAGAAGUUUUGACCACAGAAAAUGCGCGAGAGUUUUCUUCAGCUGCAAAAGGAGAAACACUUGAAGAUUCUAUAAGGACUGUUGAAGGCUAUUCAGAUAUAAUUGUCAUGAGACAUUUUGAAAGUGGUGCUGCUAAAAGAGCAGCAGCUACAGCCAAUAUUCCCAUCAUUAAUGCUGGAGAUGGUCCAGGGCAGCAUCCAACUCAGGCUCUCCUGGAUGUGUAUACCAUUGACCGAGAGAUUGGGAAGCUUGAUGGAAUCAAAGUCGGAUUAGUUGGAGAUCUUGCUUACGGUAGAACAGUUCGUUCUCUGGCUUAUUUACUUGCGAAAUACCAUGACGUCAAAAUCUACUUUGUCUCACCUGAUGUUGUGAAAAUGAAGGAUGAUAUAAAGGAUUAUCUGACCUCAAAUGGGGUGGAAUGGGAGGAAAGUGCUGACCUAAUGGAUGUUGCUUCAAAGUGUGAUGUUGUAUAUCAAACCCGUAUACAACGUGAAAGAUUUGGAGAAAGAACCGAUCUCUAUGAAGAAGCUAGAGGCAAGUACAUCGUGGAUAAGAAUGUUUUGAAUGUGAUGCAAAAACAUGCAGUAGUGAUGCAUCCACUACCCAGGCUUGACGAGAUAACCGUGGAGGUAGACCAAGAUCCAAGAGCUGCGUAUUUCAGACAAGCAAAGAAUGGUCUUUACAUCAGAAUGGCUCUUUUGAAGCUGUUACUUCUUGGUUGGUAA